CAUGCAUCAUCCCCAGUGUGUCGGUGCUGAUACUGCAGCAGGAGGGUUCUUCUACUCAAGGCAUCAACUUUACAGAAGACCAUGUUGGACAGUCUGACAAGGCGGUUCUCCAAGGCGAAGGAGACAAAGUGCCUGGUGCUGGCAAAUGUCCUGGAUCCACGUUACAAGAGCUACGCCUUCACCUUAGGGACAGCACUAGAAAAAGUGCUGUCCCUGAGGAGGCUGAAGGAGGAGUCUGACCUACUAAGGAAACCAAAUCCCAGAGCCACAACAGAAGGGACGAGUGAAGAGAAGGACCUAGAUCCAGGUGCAAAGAUGGACAGCCUCUACACUAGAAUCCUUGGAAGCCAACAGGGCAGGGCUGAAGUCCAGUGCAGUUUUGAAAUUGAGUUGGAGCGUUACCUCACAGAGCCCGUUAUUGACAGAAAGAGCAGCUUGCCUUUGGAGUGGUGGAAGCAGAAUGAGGACGGACUUCAAUCACUCGCUCCACUGGCAAAGAAGUUUCUCUGUCCUCCACCUUCUUCGGUCCCAGAAUGAAGCACGCAAGCUCAAUCACAAGGAGGUUGUGGAGGAGGACAAGAGACUGAAGCUGCCAACUAACUGGGAGGCUAAGAAAGCCCGUCUGGAGUGGGAACUCAUGACCGAUGAAAAGAAAAAGGAGUGUGCGGCCAAAGGGGAGGACUAUGACCGGGUGAAACUGCUAGAGAUCAGUGCUGAGGAUGCUGAGCGGUGGGAGAGAAAGAAGAAGAAGAAGAACCCUGACCCAGGAUUCUCAGGUUACGCAGAGGCCCAGCUGCGACAGUACCAGCGCCUCACCAAGCAGAUCAAACCAGACAUGGACGGCUACGAGAGGCAGCGAGAGCAGUGCGGCGAGGAUUUCCACCCCACAUCCAACAGUCUGAUCCAUGGGACCCACGUCCCUUCCAAGGAGGGCAUCGACCGCAUGGUGGAGGAUGUGGAGAAACAGAUCGAGAAGCGGGCCAAAUACAGCCGGCGCAGGGCCUACAACGAUGACGCAGACAUUGACUACAUCAACGAGAGGAACGCCAAGUUCAACAAGAAGGCAGAGCGGUUCUAUGGCAAAUACACAGCUGAGAUCAAGCAGAAUCUGGAGAGAGGCACAGCAGUCUAACUGGACUGGUCAUUGUAAUGGACACUUCCAUUUCCUCUGCUUUGUUGUAAUUGAAGCCCAUAAUUAUUCAAUGGUUACAGGACUGGUCAUGUACAUAGAAACCCAAAUUGUUUUCCCUAUGCUUACGUCUCUAGGAUCAAGUUUGUAUUUUGACGCUGACAUUUCUUUAGAGGCAUUUUAUGUUUAAAUAUGUGUUUCUGUAUUGUUACUAUAAUGCUUUUGCUCAGUGGGAAUGGUUAAGUGCAACCUGAAUGAUCUUAUAAUGCUAUUCCUGCCUUUCUGUCAGUGUUUGUAUCGUAUGUAUGACCAUGCAUUUUCUUUAAAUAAAACAUCUUAAACGUUU